UUAACAAACGAUUUUAGUUGGCACCGCACUAAUUGCAUAGAAAGGAACCGUAGGAGGGAGAGCAUUUUGAAAGAUGCGUAACGGCCAUUUUACCAUUCUUUUAAGACGCCUCUCCUCCCGCUUCACUUAUUUCCACAGAUUCGUGCAAAUGCGAUGCUGGUUAGGGUUUUGAGUUGAAUCAGAUAGAGGAGAUGAAGCGAAGUCAAAACCCCAACAAGCCUCCGGCGCCGAGUAAUGUCCGUGCAACUGAUUUUAGAGGAAGUAGUUGGGUUGACUACCAGAAACGGGAAUGGAUUGGCAUCGAAUGCUUCGAGCUCCAAGUUCGCUUAUAUUGCAGGUUGUGUGGUGGUACUACACAAUGUUUGUUCGGGCAUUCGAUCGCAUCUCAUGGCACCGAAUCGGGUUCUUAAACCAUUGAGCUGUGUCACUUUAUCGCCUGAUGCUAGUAUUGUUGCCGCAGGACAGUCAGGGUACCAACCUGGAGUGUUGGUAUGGAAUAGCAAUACCCUUGCAUUUUUAUGUGAGCUAAAAGGCCAUCAAUAUGGCGUAGAAUGCAUGGCUUUGUCACCUGAUGGCAAAUAUUUGGUGUCGAUUGGAUUUCCUCGUGAUGGUUGUAUUUGUUUUUGGGAUUGGAAAAAUAAGAUUCUAACUGCAAGGAUUAAAAUAUCAUCAGUUUCUUGUCCUACUGCUUCUAUUGUGUUCUCAUCAGACAGUAAAUAUAUUUUAAGUGCUGAUAAGAAUCAGUUAAAGGUCUGGAAAGUUAGAUGGCCAAAAGGAUUUUGUUCAAAUCCUAGGCCUCCAUCAGUGACCAUGCACAAGAAAGUUGAUCUUGGCCGUCACAAAGAUUCUACAUUUGUAGCUGUUUCAUCUAUGAGCUCUAUGGAUUGUUCUUCUGUGAAUCACAUUCAUGCUAGUGAACAGGCACCUUUCUAUGCAGUAACAGAGAAAGGAAUGCUAUGCAUGGUGCAUCCUAAUUCACCAGUCAUUAACUCAGUGGAUUUAGAGGUCACUAAAUGCUUCGCACUAGCUACAUCGACAAGUUUGGUUGCUUGUGCUUGCAACAAUGGCCUUGUAAAGUUGUUUGGCACCAAAUCUCUUGAAUAUGCUGGGCGACUGCUAUAUGCUGAAGGCAACAGAUGCAAAAAAUCAACUAUGGUGGACUACAAAAUGGAUAUGAAGCAAUUUGAACUUCAAAACGAGCCUACAUUUCCAGAUGCAGUUGCAUGUCAAUUUUCAACACAUGAAAAGCUUGUGGUGAUUUAUGAAGAUCACAGCCUCUACAUAUGGGAUGUUCAUAGCAUAGAUCAGGCUACCAGGUGCUGUGUCCUUGUUUCACAUGGUGGGUGCAUAUGGGGCAUUAAAAAUGUUCCAUGUGAAAAUAUGCAUGAUCCAUCUCUCUCUUGUGUUGCUAAAGGUUGUUCUGGUGGAUUAUCUUUCGCUACAUGUUCGGUUGAUGGUAAUAUUAGGUUAUGGGAUUUCGCACCGCAAUCUGAAAUAUCAGAAAAUGGAUUUACACAUUGUGGGGAUGGCAGCUCUAAUGGAGAUACACAUUUGGUCAAUGCUGGAAUCUUUGAACGUGAUUCUGUUGCAGAAGGUUUAUCCUCCACAGGUUUUCGUUCUAUGGCAAUUAGUUCAGAUGGGAAGUAUCUUGCAGCUGGUGAUUUCCGGGGAGAUAUUCACAUAUUUGAUUUGUACACUUCUGAUUAUAUUUUUAUUAAGGAUGCUCAUGAUUCAGAAAUCUGUUCUUUAAGUUUUAACUUGGCAGAUAAAAAUAAAACUUCUUUCAUGGAAUCUUGGGGAAGUCAUCUAUUUCUAGCCUCAGCAGGGAGGAAGAGUGGGACAAUCCAUCUUUAUGAUGCUGACAGGAAUUUUAUUCUCUUUGGGACACUUAACCACCACUCAUCUGUUGUCACUUCAGUAAAGGUUUCAUCAAAUGGCCAUCAGAUUCUUAGCUGUGCUGAUAGGUACCUUACUCUUCACAGUAUAGAUGUGCACUCCACAGGAUGUAAAUUUUCUUGCCUUAAAAGAAUUGCAACUAGUGGAAUAAUUUAUGACAUGGAUGUAGAUCAUCGGAUGAAUGUUGCAUGUACUGUAGGUGAGGAUAAGAAGAUAAAUGUAUAUGAUAUUCAAUCUGGAAAACAAAUUAAAAGGUUCAAUCAUGAUGGGAAUGGAGAUACUGGGAAUCCAGUGAAGGUAACUGUGGAUGGAAGCUGCAGUUAUGUUGCUUGCUCCUACUCUAAUAGAUAUAUCAACAUUUAUGACUGUGUUAGUGGGAAGGUUGUUGCUCAAGCAGCAGGACAUGGCAAGUUUGUAACAGGCAUUAUCUUUUCACCUGACUGCAAACAUCUUGUUUCGGUUGGUGCUGAUGGCUGCAUCUUUGUGUGGAGUCUCCCUACUCAUAUGUCUUCAAGGAUGCUUCUCAGAACUAAGGAAACGCCAGUUAAUGAUCUGCCAGAAAGCAUAAAUCAGCCUAUAAUGUGUAAUCAUAUCAAGUCCUAUCUAAUUGAUGACCAUAAAUGGAAAGAUCGCAGAGUAGCAUCCUUAAAUGGAAAUCUGAAGCCUAUUUGUGAGGAAAUGCCUCUCCAAGAACUAAACAGUCCGGAAAGCAAGGGAUUUAAGUUCAGCAUAUCCCGACUUCCAAAAUGGGCACAGUGUAAAUUCAAUAACAAUUCCCUACAUCCAGAUAUAGAGUCUAGUUCGUCUAAGGUUGAUUUACAAAAUAAUAAUGAGCCUCUUGAAUCAUCAAGAGAUGCUCUGGAAAGUGGCCAACAGUUCUCUGGGACCUUGUCCGGACACCUUCCGCAGACAGAGAGCUGCGGAGCAUCUCCAACUUCACAAACUUUUAGCAGGCCAUCAGAAAAUCGCUGGCUAACUAUUCAUACAGUUUGUAUGGAUCUGCUUGAUUCCCCUGAAAGUUGGGACUCAGUAGCCCAGAGCCAAGCUAUGGAGACGAUUCAUCCUAACAAGCGCAUUAAGCUCAUGUACCCUGUUUCCGGCAUUGCGAAUCCUCCUGAAGAAUCCUCCUUCAAACAACAUAAGCAUUCUAGCUUUUCACAAGGUACAGCCAAAGAUACCGAUGCAUCCAGGAAGGGAUCUCAAGAAAAUGAAUAUGGUGAAGCACAUUUGCGCAGCUUGUCAGUGCAAUUGAAGGACGAGAAAGGGGAGUUACCAACAAAGACAGGCAACUCGUCUCAAUUUCCUCUGCAAAGGCAUCUCCUGGGAGUUGAAAAGAGAUCUUCACCCAUGCUUGCUGCUGAAGAUUCAAUCUAUGGAUCCUUGGGAGAGAUCAAAAGUAGCAAUUCUAAAGUUUUGUCCAUCAAACCAUCAAUGGCAUUGCCUGUGGGAAGAGCAUUCACAGAAGAUGCUCAAAAACCACCACAAAUUCCACUUCAGAAAAUCGACAAUGAUAAAAUUCAUGAGGUGGAAGACGCUGGAUCAUGGGAAGAAGCACUUUGUAAUCUGGAAGCGGCAGCUGAGAAUGCACUGCAGUCAUUCCACAAAUUAGCUGCCGUAAAUAUUACUGUAGAAGAUAAAUCAAGUAUGGCUGAAGCAGCUACAAGGCUUCCUUUGAUAGAAAAGAAGAUUCAGGCAAUAACUAGAUUGCUUCAACCAGACAGGCAUAGAUUGUAA